ACCUUUCAUCCCGUCAUAACACAGCAAUAACCUGGAUUCCAGACCUGGCCGGUUUCUCUUUCGAGAAGACGAAGUUCACUCCUUACUCGAUAAAUGAAUCGCUGUCAAGAGUGCAUAUGUUUCAUGGAAAUGCAAAACAUUCCAAAUUCUGCGAAAAUUUGUUACCGUAGCUUCUUUUUCAAUCUGAGCCGGUUUUGUUUGAAUGUACUAACACUGUUAGGAAACCCACUUUGGACUUCCGCCAUUUUGCUUGUUUGUUGAAGGUGGUUUUUGUUGUUUUAAUUACUAUUUUAAUGUGUUUGGUGAUGGGUGGGAGGAUCGAUUGGUAUAUGGUUUAUCCAUGCUUGACGUAUUAUCAUACUAGUGUGCGUCACACGGCCUUGUAUGUUUCUGAAGAUAUACCGUAGCAUUCACGAUGAUUCUUUGUUUGACUUAUCUAUGUAAGUUAUGCGUAACGUUAAGUCGUUACAUACCAUUCUGAAUUAUUCGGCUUUGUCUACUUAACUGUCCCUCUGUUAGAAGAGGAGCGUCCCUUCAGAUAAUUUGCUUGUCUGACUACUCAGUAUUCAGGCGUUUAUUAGCAUGGAAUAUAAGAUUUUAUGUUAGGGGAUCCCCGUAAAAUCGAACAACCUAUUAUAUAUGGUUUUAUUUUAGCCAUUGCUCUCUAGCGUUUACCUUGCGGGGUUUGUAUUCCAACCUAUUAACAUGAAAUAUAACCUGGUGACUCCCUGGUUUCUCACUAAGUCCGGACCGCUCUUCUGGUUAUAUAACGUAUACCAUUAUAUUAUUGUCUCCAGACUCAACCUAAUCACUUGCAAUAGUUUCCUUCAGACAAUGUCGAAUAAAAAAGCAUGGUUAGAAAUCUCAUCCUCCGCAUACAGAAUAACAACCUAUGGUUGUUCAUGAGUUAUCCACCCGGCUUUCUUUGGGGUCCUGAUGUUGACAUCCAGUCUAUUGGGAAAGUCGAGUAGUUCUGUGUAGUAUCAAAUAACAUCUCCAAUGGCUUAAUAUAUGUUUAGUGGUGCUAUUUUACUUGGUAUUAAUGCUGCUAUGAACUUGUUUGAUUUGGAAUAUUAAUUUAAUCUUAAUGUGACUUCACUAUGAACUUACUGAAGAAACCUUAUACCUAGUGCAAAGCGUGAUCAUCAUGAGAGUUCUCUUAACUUCGCAUUACGGAUCAUCAGUUUAAGUUGAUAUUGGCUGGUCAGUUUAUGCAGACAGCACAUCCUCUAGUGACAGAUGUCGGCAUCCCACAUAGUUGGCUGAGAUAAACUUGUCAUUAAACCAUAUCUAAAACUCAGCCAAGUUGAUGGAACAUCAUGGUUAUUAGACACUAACAGAGAGUGUUGAGUCGGUAUGUCAUCGAUCUCGAGGGUUUGGUGCUAAAAUCCCGGUGAGACUAUAACCCCCAUACCCAUGAGACAUAACGAUCGAUUUUUAUUCGUCUUGAUAAUUUCAUCAUGAGUCGGUGCACAUAUGUACCAGAUCGUUUGUUUGUAAUCUAGAUUGACAUUAAAUGCGACAACUAAAAUCCUGGUUUCCAAUUAAAAUGUGAUUUCCAAGGCAUGCUGUAGCGAAGUAUGCCCUAUCACUGCCUCGUAUGUCGAGAUUUGGUAAAUCGGAGUGCAGGGACAGAAUUGACUCUUAAACUGACAUCGAGAAAGUUGGGCCAGUUUUUAGCCAAUCAGUGGACAGAUUUCGAGAAAUGGCUGGUUAGUUAUCGAAAUAAUUGAUCAACAAGUAAAAUUAAGGCGCAUAUAGUGAUUUUACGUGCUUUACAAGUUUCUCAAAAUUAUUUAAAGUUUCUUGAUGUUUGGUGCUAACUGGUGGUGCCUUUACACUAAAAGAGGUCACCCAUACCGCAGGUGCUUGGGUGUGAACUAACCAUAACCACCAAAAUUUGAUAGCAUUCGGUUCUGUUUCCUAACUACUUCACAACUUCAGUGGGAUAUUUUCCUUAUUGGACAUAGCUUCUAAUCUGGCUCGUAACUUCUUUCAUUCUUUUUCUGUUUUCGGAAAAGAUUAGUAUUACUCUUGACAGCUUUGCUGAGUUUAUCAGCGUCGAGUGACAGUAAUUGGCUUUACCCUCUCACUUUUUGAAAUUAAUGGAUUGGAAUCAACAUUCUAGUCUGAUUUAUUGUCCGUUGUAGUUAGUUCUUUAUGCUUCCAGCCAAAGCUUUGUACGAUAAAGUGUUCCUGUUUAACUUGCCCAUUUUUAAGUGGUUUUAUACCUGUUCAAUAAGUCUUUGAACUACGGAUUUUUACAAACAAUAAUAUUACAUACUUUUCUGAGUAAAAUUCGUGUACGGGCGAUCGUUGAGUGAUGCUUAAGUGAUACUGAAAACGUCCACCUAUUUUCUAGGGCCAAAUGAGGGUGAUAAAUUAGUGUUAAGAAUUAGGAUUGGGAUUUACAGUCGAAUAUUAUUGUUAGGAAUUAAAUCUUCGGUUUUCAUUACUAACUGACACCAGCUAUCGUGUCAGAGUGCUAUUCGGCCAUAUGGAUGAAUGAAUUUCGCGCCAAAAUCGAAGACUAGUUCGUCCACAAAUUCUAGUGUCAGCCUUUCCUGUUCACCAGAUUUUAUCAUAUUGGGAUGGUUAUUAUCGGAUUGACUGGUAGCAUCCAUUAACUUUUUCCACAUCCCCUAACAUUUCUCACCAACAACUGUUGCAUCUGGAUCUAGAUCGACUUCGUUUUACAAUGGUCUCCAUCCUAGAAUCCUGUGAGGCUUGAUUGAGGGACCCAUAUUUAUUACAUUCUGGCUGAACGUUUAACUUGUUUGAUAGAAAUCAGAGUAUCCUUUAAAAUACUUAGUGUCGAUCCUUCAGGAACACCAAUAUCUUUGUCAACAAAUGCCCUGGUGCGGCCGAGAGUCCGCUCUCCCUCUCGAAAUGCUCUCACAUGGCCACGCGUAUAUCGCCUCUGCCAGGAAAGUCCUACUCACUGCCUUCUCGUGGCAUUACUAUUGUUUACGAAAAUGAGAGAACGAAAAGCGAAUGUCCGGCGCUUUAACCGGAUUCCAAACCAAUGGUGCACAUGGGCUCCAGUAUCCUGCGGGAAGAAAUGGUGUAUGAACCAAUUGUUGGUCACCGGCUACCAUGGGACUGCAUCUUCUUACGAUGCUCUACUACAUUGUGGAUCAGACCUUCAGGUCGAAGGCUCGUGGAGUGGCCCCCUAACAAAGCCACCUGCUUCGGUUUGGGUACCCGGUCAGUAUCACAGCCCUCACACAUUUCGAAUGAGAUUUGUGUGGCGCAUAUGUAUUUGGUACCUCCUUGUACCAAUAUCUAUGUGUUAAAAUAAAUAAAUAAAUAAAUAAUAAAUAGUGAACAACAAUGUUCUUACACUUUCAAGAGUUUCCCUGUCGAAAGCGAGUUGAUUGCCUCCUGAAUCAAUCGGCUUGAUGAAAUAGGAGAAUCCACAAAAUCAUUGAGUUUGGCUUAUGAUACUGUUUACAUCCAGCAAAUGCUGCGUCAUUACACUUGAUAAUGACAUCUACCAUAGUUGUCAUCUUGUAUCCCAUUUUCAGCUGAGGUGGAUCGAGUAGAUCAUCUACGUCACCAUAAUGGACAACCACAGCCUCCAAGAUAUGAAAUCGUUAAAGUACAAUAUGUGUUGAGUGGUGACUCACUGGUUAAGGCUUCCGGCUUUCAGCCAUCCAGGUUCAAACAUUACCCCAUCUGUGUCGGCAAUUGAUUAGUUUCAGUAGCCUUCACACUUACAGUGUGGCUUAUACCCAUGUAUCUGAUGAAUAAGUCAAUAGAUUGUCACAUUUUAAAAUCACUUUGUACUGGAUCAGAAGUCAUGACAAAUAUUUUGAUGUUUUAAAAAUAUAAAACCUUGAUCACAGAUUUAGCAUCGUCUCAUAAUUUCGAUUUUUCGAGCUCGUUUUUUUGAGGGAUUUUUAUCAUUUAAUUUUUCAGUGACGUUCAUACAACUUCGACACCAUUGCUAUUUCAAUUAUUUACGGACUUUUCGUGAUAAACGAUGUAAACAUGUUAACCGUUAGUACACAACAUUGGUACUCUUCUCUAUCGCAUGACUAGUUAUAUUGCUUAUUAUCAAAAAGUUUGUUCUAGAUGUGUUACGCUCGUUAAAUGUUUCUUGAACAUGGGAAAAUAUAAUUGUGCUUCAUUAGUUUUCCUCUCUUUUAAACAGGAUAUUGUAAACAAACUAUGUCAGACCAAAUGGUUGAUCCUAAUGAGCCAUCAGCGUACAUUGCAAAUGCUGAUGGUACAUACACAGCCAUACCGUUCAGUCAGACUGAAGAUGGGCAAGUGGUAUUGCAACUAAAUGAGAUGGGUUUGUCCAAUGAAGGUGAAGAAAUGGUUCUAAUUGCUGCUGAUGACACAGCGACAUUGGAAAGUCUGAUUGCUUCGGGUGCUGUUACAGCUAUUGCUGCUGAGAAUGGAACAGAGUAUCUACAGUUCACAGAUCCUGGUAUGGAAGGGGCUCAGGUCAUCGAGUUACCAGCAGAUCAAAUGCAACUUUGGGAUCCGAAUUCUAAAGCAUACUAUGAUGCAUCAGGUAUAGGACCUGGUUUCGUUGCUUUAACGGGGCAAUCUAGUGGUGUCACUUACCGUUGUCCAUCUUGUCCAGCUAUGUAUGCUAAUGCUAACGCUUUUACUAAACAUAUGCGCGAAAAACAUUUCGUUAAAGUUUACACAUGUCGUCAAUGUGAAGAGUUUUUCGAAACUCUCAGUCAGUUAUUUCUGCACGCUCGACGCAGUCAUGUUGACCCUAAAAAGCCAAAACGAAAUCCGGCCAAUUUCAAAUUUCAUUGUGACCAGUGUAACUAUAUGACGAAUAAUGGUGGGACAAUGGAACAUCAUAAACGGGCACAUACAGGAGAAAAGCCUUUUGUUUGUGAUGUUUGCAAUAAACGUUUUGCUCAGAAAGCAAAUAUGAAAACUCAUCGAAAUCGACAUAUUCACCGGGACAAGAUAUUCCGUUGUGACACGUGUAAUAAAGCUUUUUCAUCUUAUGACAUUUACCUUGCUCAUCUUCGAACAAGAGAACAUGAACUUCGGGAACAUUUCGCUAUGAUGGCAUCUUCACAGUUGGCUUUAGAGUGUUUGGGUUGUGCAGUUACCUUCGAUAGCAUAUAUAACCUGAAUAAGCAUACAAGAAGCUGCCGUAUUGUUCGUACUCUACAAACUAAAUUUCGGUGUUUACCAUGUAAUGCUUAUGUCAGUGAUGUGGCAUCAUUGAAAGCUCAUGUAAAAGCCCACGAAGGCAGUCAAAUCAUAUCGUGCCCUGUAUGUGGUGAACGCGGAUUCCCAGGUUUCAAUCAACUAAAUCAUCAUAUUACAAGGGCUCACGCUUUGAAAGUUAAUCGUCGCCACGUUUGUCGUUAUUGUGAAUCCACUUUCGAGAUUAAGAAAGACCUAGAUAUGCACAUUCGAAGUAUGCACGCUGAAGAAAGAAACGCUCGUCAAUCGAGGGGAGCUGUUGGUCGCCUGAAAUGUCGAUAUAACCAUUGUGAAUUCACAACAAAUUCGAUAAUGUUGUUAGAUCGACAUCAUGAUCAGCAUCGACGUCAGGAAGAAGAUGGGGAAGAUGUUGGACUUGAACUUCCUCCUGCUCGGUACUCAUACACAAAACGGAAAAAGCUAAAGUUGUCCAAGCGAAAUCGACUUGUUGAUGGAUACGAAGAUGAUGAGGAUGCAGAGACUGGUGAUGGCGAGGGAGAUGAUGACAUGGCUGAUGAUGAAGAUGAUACUUAUGAUGAUGUUGGUGUAGAUGGUAACGUUACUAGACGUACUAUUACUCUUAUAAAAUCCAAUACUCGUAAAGUACAAGGCAAUGAAGAAUACACUUCAGGUAGUACAGGUGGUGUUGGUGUUUUAAACGAAAGCAAUACAACUAAUCGUCGUAUGUCUAGAGCACGUCGUCUUCCGGCUUGGUAUAAAGAUUACGAUACUGAUUUUGUUAUGCAUGAAGAAGGUGUAAUGGACAGGGAAGAAGUACAAGCUCAACUCCCACCAGGUAUAGAAUUAGAAGAUCCAUCUGCUGUAGAUAAAGAAGAUGUUCCAACAGAGGAGUGGAAUAUUGUUGUAUAUGAUGAUGAUGAUGACGAAGAUGAAGAUGAAGAUAGUCCUAUAGAUUAUGAAGAUGAAGAUAGUAAUGUCAUAAACGAUAGUAGUACCUGUGAUACUACUGGACUAUUAAAUGUACAUGCUUUUGCAUAAUUAAGACCCUCCCCCAGUAUACAAUAUAUAUGUACAGGUUUGAAUUAAGUUCAUUAUCCAUCAGAACAUGUGUACAGCUCUUUUAAUCAUAAAAUAUUUAAAUAUAUGUAUAAUAAAAGGUUUUAUAAUUUGACACUUUCUAGUUUUUUAUGUCUUUUCUGUUAUUAUUUCAGAGUAUUUAUUUACUUCAUGUUUAUAUUUAUAUAUUCCUGUUACAGUUUCUUUGUUAUGACUGUUCGUUCUCAUUGUAUUUGGCACUUAGUUUUCUUUGCAUAGAAUAAGUAAAACUUUUAGAUGUUUAUCCUCCUAUAUUUUUCUUCUAUGAAUUCAUUCUCAGCUAAAAUUCAUCAGUCAUCAUAUAUUUCUCAUUAACUUGUGUAAUAUAUAUAUAUAUAUAUAGUGUGUGUGUGUUUUGUACUCCAUGAAUAAACUGGCAGCAUUUAUUCAAUAGAUCUUCGAAAGUUAUUAUUUGAUGGUAUAAAUUACAAAUUAUUUAAUCUAACAAUGAUGUCUAAUUCAACUACAUUUUUCUCCUUAAAAGAUACAUUUCUCGUAGCAUUCGAUAGGUUCAGUUUAUCAAAAAAAUAUUGUCGUCACUCGUUUGAUAGGUGGCAAGGAGGUGGUUUGUGUUUUCACAAAUAAGUUGUUUCUAUAGUGUACAGCGCCCAUCAAGAAUUAUUACACUACUACUAGUAGUGGUAGUUUGUAUUAAAAAAGCUUGGUUAUAGUUAAGGUACUUUAAUUAACAGUGUACUCAGCUAAUUAGGGUUUAGUUCAUCUGUAUUUAUUGGUUUGUUGUUUAGUCCUGACUGUGCUAAUAAUUGCUCCAUGAUUACAUUUUAAAUUGUCGGCAUGUUCUCAUUAGGUGAAUCAAUGUAUCGCCCAUGUAUCCCACUUAGCAGAAAAUUGUUUGCACUCCUAUCCACCUGAUACAACAAAGGAUUUUACUUUCAUCCUUGUGUUUUUAACUAAAUUUGCAAACCUGCGUCAUUAUUAGCCCUCAGUUAGCAUGUUUCGAGCACACUGCCCGUGAGGUAUAUGAAAUUAAAGUAUAUCUAGAGCUCUUGAUGUAGCCUAAAACGCAGGAUGAUCCUGUGUUUAGUUUCAGUAGGAACUGUAAAUAUGGAUGUUUUUUUGUUUUAUUUCAAGAUAUGAUCUCACCAUGGUCACUCUUGUAUUGGAAGUUGAAGUUACUGCAUAUUUCCCGCCAGUAGUUUUUGCAGUUUUAUCGAAGAAUUCAUGAUUGUCAGUCGAAAUUUUAUAAGCUGUACUCAGAAUUUAACACUGAAAUAGACGACGAUGAAGGUAAUUAAAAUCAAAGCAUUUUUAAAGGAGUUAGCUUUCUAUGGAAUAAUUUAACUAAAAACUCUAGUCUAAUCGUAGUUCACAGGCUACAUAAUUUAUUAUUUUAUUUUAACACAUAGAUAUUGGUACAAGGAGGUACCAAAUACAUAUGCGCCACACAAAUCUCAUUCGAUAUGUGUGUGGGCUGUGAUACUGACCGGGUACCCAAACCGAAGCAGGUGGCUUUGUUAGGGGGCCACUCCACGAGCCUUCGACCUGAAGGCCUGAUCCACAAGGCAGUGGGGCAUCGUAAGGAGAUGCAGUCCCAUGGUAGCCGGUGACCAACAAUUGGUUUCUACGCCAUUUGUUCACGCAGGAUACUGGAGCCCAUGUGCACCAUUGGUUUGGAAUCCGGUUAAAGCGCCG